UCACGAUUAUUGAAAAGUAUCGGAAACAUUCAUUUUCUCUGGCUUCUCAUUUUUUGUUCGGAUAUUUGUGAUUUUUCAUAUAACAGCUUGUCUAUUCAGUCAAAGUGCCCAAAUAUGAUGGUAUUUCUUCACAUAUCUGAUCUGUGAUAUUUUUAUACUAUGGACGACUACCUAAAAAUAGAGAAAAUUGGUGAAGGUACAUAUGGGGUUGUAUACAAAGGCAAAAACAAGAAAACUAACAAAUUUGUUGCCUUAAAAAAGAUUCGUCUCGAGAGUGAGGAUGAAGGUGUCCCGUCAACAGCUGUGCGGGAGAUUUCCCUCCUAAAGGAGCUGCAGCAUCCAAACAUUGUGUGCCUGGAGGAUGUGCUGAUGCAGGAGAACAAGCUGUAUCUGGUGUUUGAGUUCCUUUCCAUGGACCUGAAGCGUUACAUGGACACCAUCCCAUCAGGCCAGUUCAUGGACAAGAUGCUCGUCAAGAGCUACACGUAUCAGGUGACUCAGGGUAUUUUGUUUUGCCAUCAACGCCGUGUCCUUCACCGUGAUCUCAAGCCUCAGAAUCUCCUCAUAGACAACAACGGGGUCAUCAAGCUGGCUGACUUUGGACUGGCCAGAGCGUUCGGCAUUCCAGUCAGAGUGUACACUCAUGAGGUUGUGACCUUGUGGUAUAGAGCCCCGGAAAUUCUGCUGGGCUCUCAACGCUACUCCACGCCUGUGGACAUGUGGAGCAUCGGCUGCAUAUUUGCAGAAAUGGUCACUAAGCGACCACUUUUCCAUGGUGACUCAGAAAUCGACCAGCUGUUCCGGAUAUUCAGGACCCUGACCACACCAACAGAGGAGGUAUGGCCUGGAGUUACCAGCAUGCCUGACUACAAGCCCACCUUCCCCAACUGGAAGACCAACCAACUGGCUAGCUGUGUGAAACAGCUUGACAAGACAGGCCUGGAUCUGCUACAGCAAAUGUUAGUGUAUGACCCAGCCUUGAGGUUGUCCGCCAAGGAGGCAUUGAAGCACCCAUACUUUGCAAACCUUGACAAAUCAGCCCUGCCAGCGAGAUCAUAGUGUCUAAUCCGUGCGAUGUGGCUGUUUCAUGUGAUAACGUCUUGAAAAUGUGUGAUGCUGAAUUGGCCCUCGGGAGAGGGCGGGGGUUGGGGGUUGAAUGGCACAAAUACAUUUGUCAUCUAAAACUGGUUCAGUUUUGAAAUUCAUCACACAAAGCAUUUCUGCAGAUGACUAAUAUUAAUACAUCUGAAUGGACUUUGUUUUUAACAACUUUCUUUUUGUAUAACAUACUUCUUUUUUGCUUCUUAUAAGAUACCUUCAACACUUCUGUAUUUCAAACAUUGUUUUCAAAUUGAGAUCUUUGCAGAUGUGUUGAGUGUCCACCAAUCAUGUGUUCACAUUGUUAUCAAAUAUAUAUUUGUUAAGCAGUGUUGCAAAUAUAUUCAUGGAUGGUAUGUCUGUCCCAUAGAUAGGUGUACUGGUUAUUUGUCAUAGUGUACAUGUAGAUAAUUGUGUUUAUUUGGCAGAUAUUUUUUGUGAGAGUGCUUAUGUUUCUAAAAUGUCUGUUGUGUAUAUGUUUCAAGUAUUUUUCUUUAAUCAGAUUGGAUAAAAUUCCAACUGUACGACUAUUUUCAAUGUGCUCUCCCUGUCUCUGUUUCAACUGUGAGAUUUGAUGUUUGAAUGAACAAUAUUUGCCAUUUAUAUGUGUUAUUAUAUUAUUUUUGAGUCAUCAUCGUUCUAUGUACUGUGCACUCCAAAAGAUACAGGUGUACCUGUA